CAAAAGGCCUAUUUUUAGGUCUGGUAUAUGAGAGAAGUGAAGGCAAAAGUGUGUGUGUGUGCAAGGGGUUCGGUUUCAGUGUGUUCCCAGCAUGUACCGGAACUGAGAGUAAGAAGGAAGACCAAGUGAGGCGAUUCAAAGUCAAAGCUGUUUGGCAAGCCCAGUCUCUGCAGUUUUUGCUUUGCACUUUAAUUCAUUAUACUUUGAACUAACUCUUAAGGUAGAACUGGGAAAGCUGAGGGCUCACCCAAAUAAAAGUGCUGGCUCCAAUAGAAAAUUUUACAAUGUCAAUGGCACUGGAAACCCAGGCAUCACCUGAGACUAAGCAAGACUAUCUUACCACAUCCACCAACUACUCUGCCAUUCUGAGCAGAAAUGAAGCUGUUAAAGAUGCCAAGAGGUUGAAGAACUUCUUGGAAUUGCGUGACAAAUAUGUGAGAAAGAAGGUGCUGUUUGAGGACCCUCUGUUCCCAACAAAUGACUCUUCUCUUUCCCCUACUUGCAAAUUCCCACUCAAAAUUGAGUGGAAGCGCCCUUCGGAAAUUUGUGACAACCCCCAGUUCAUCAUUGAUGGAGCCAAUAGGAUAGACAUCUGUCAAGGAGACCUUGGUGACUGCUGGCUGCUGGCCGCCAUUGCAUGCCUGACACUAAAUAAGAAGUUGUUGUAUAGAGUUAUCCCUCCAGACCAGAACUUUACAAAGAACUACGCUGGCAUCUUUCAUUUCCAGUUCUGGAGGUAUGGGGAAUGGGUAGAUGUGGUGGUGGAUGACCGUAUCCCCACCUGUAGAAACAAGUUGAUGUUCACCAAGUCUGGCAGGAAGAAUGAGUUCUGGAGUGCUCUGCUGGAAAAGGCCUAUGCCAAAUUGAAUGGCUCCUAUGAGGCCCUAAAAGGAGGGAACUCCCUGGAGGCUAUGGAGGACUUCACCGGGGGAGUGACUGAGUUCGUUGACAUGUCUGAGGCUCCCAAAGACCUCUACAUGGUCCUGAGGAAAGCUCUGGACAGAGGUUCUCUCCUUGGUUGCGCCAUAGAUGUCCAGCCACAGGAAUAUGAAAGUAAAACCAAAACUGGACUGGUCAAAGGUCAUGCCUAUUCUAUCACAGCUUUGGAGGAGUGUAACAAGGUGACAAAGAACACCAUGGUUCAUCUGAUACAAUUAAGGAAUCCUUGGGGUGUGGUCCUAUGGAAUGGGCCGUGGAGUGCAAAAGCAGAUGACUGGUCCAGCAUUUCCAGAGCGGACAAAGACAAGCUGAAGAAGCAGACUGCGGAAGACAGCGAGUUUUGGAUGUCCUUUGAAGAUUUCCAAAAGAACUUCACAAAGAUCGAGAUCUGUAACUUGACCCCAGACAGUCUGAUGGGGGACGAGAUCCAAAGUUGGAAGGUGGUGAUAAACGAGGGUCGCUGGGUGAGAGGUAGCUCUGCCGGGGGUUGCAGGAAUUACCCAGACACGUACUGGACUAACCCCCAAUAUCGCCUACGUCUCUAUGAGGAGGAUGACGAUCCUGAGGACGGCGAGUUAGUGUGCACCGUGGUGGUGGCUCUGAUGCAAAAGGGAAACCGCCAAAUGGGCACUAAGCUCUUCAACAUCGGUUUCUGCAUCUACGAGGUGCCCGAGGAGAUGUGUGGUAGCAGACAGCACCUGCAAAAGGACUUCUUCCUCUACAACGCCUCCAAGGCUAAAUGCAAGUCUUACGUCAACCUCCGUGAGGUGACAGACCGCUUCCGACUUCCCCCCGGGGAGUAUGUGAUAAUCCCCUCUACUUUUGAGCCCCACCAGGAAACAGAGUUCAUCCUCAGGGUCUUUUCAGAGAAGAGAAGCAUGUCUGAGGAAAUGGGAAACACCAUCGAGGAUAACAGUGUACUGAACGGCAAAAACAGUAAAGCAACAUAUGAGCCCAUCCUCUUCGUGUCAGACAGGUCACAGACCAAUAAGGAGAUCCAACAGUAUGACAUUGAAGUAGAUAAAAAGAAGAAAGAGUCAAAAGACAAGCCCAAAGUACAAACACCAGUGGAAAGUGAGCAAGACAAACACUUCAGGGCCAUCUUCCAGCAGAUUGGUGGUAAUGAUAUGCAAAUCUGUGCCAAUGAACUCAAGGUGAUCAUGAAGCGGGUUCUAGAAAAAUAUAAUGAGAUGAAGACAGAAGGGUUCAGCUUGGAGAGUUGUAGGAGCAUGAUUGCUCUUAUGGAUACGGAUGGGACAGGGAAACUGAAUUUAAAUGAGUUCAAACACCUGUGGAACAAGAUUAAACAGUGGCAGGAUGCAACUGCAGUUAGGUGCUAUAGCCAGAACUCCCAUUCUGGCUCCCAUUCUGGAUGCGCUCUUCUAACAUGUGCUGAAACACAGAUGAUUUUCAUGCGCUAUGAUAGAGACAGAUUAAAUUCCAUCAGUAGCUUUGAGAUGAGGAACGCUGUCAAUGAUGCAGGCUUCCGUCUGAACAACCAGCUGUACAACAUCAUCGCAAUGCGCUAUGCUGACGAACAUCUCAACAUCGACUUUGACAGCUUCAUCUGCUGUUUUGUGAGGCUUGAGGGAAUGUUCAGGGCGUUCCAUGCCUUUGAUAAAGAAAAACGCGGUACAAUCUCACUCAACGUUGAUGAGUGGCUCCAGCUGACCAUGUAUGCUUAGGACUCCUUGCCCCCGAACUGAACAGAAGUGUUUCCUGCUUACCCAUGACAAAGUUUUUACCAUAACUGCAUGUGCCUCCUCCUCCUAUAAUCCCUUACCUCAGCCCUCAUCUCUAUGUGUCCAAGUGCUCUCUACUUCAGCUCAUAUAAGGAGUCAGAUGGCUGAGCGGUGAGGGAGUUAGGCUCGCAAUCAGAAGAUUGCAGGAUCGAUUCCCCGCCGUGCCAAAUGACGUUGUGUCCUUGGGCAAGGCACUUCACCCUACUUGCCUCGGGGGGAA